UAAAAAAAUAUAACGGAAUUAUACAAGUGUGAGCGAAAAAAUAAUUAACGUUUAUCGUUGACAUCGCGUGGGAAAGGAAUAACUUCCUUGCGUCGUCCUUCCAUCGUCGACGAGCAGGGACCAUGACUGACUGCCUGUCGUUGAAUGCGGCAGCCGGUCGCGUUGCUCAUUUAGCGCGCGAAAAAGAGGAGAAACGUGCGCAAGAACGUCGGCGUCAUCUCGUUUAUCUUAUUGUUGCUUUUUUAAAAGAACAAGGUUAUUCCAAUACUGCAGAGAGUCUCUUCAAGGAAGCUCAACUCUCCCGAGACGUUCACGUGUGCGACAAUAUCGAUCUGGAAACUAUCAUUCUCGAGUACACCGAUUAUCAUUACGCCAAGUAUAACAGAUAUCCUAAGUUAUGUAAGAAGACAGAAGUCGGGAACAUACCUCAGAAUACCGUGACGCAUAACAGUAACAAGAGGGAAAGAGUUCCUAAGGUCUCUUCCAAGCAGGAGGAUAGUCGCGUUUCCGAGGAAAGCAACAAUAUUGGCAAAAAUAGAGUCACACAGAAGCAUGGACAAGCUUCCACGUGGAAUGAGUUGAAUCUUGGCAUUACAGUGACGCCGAUCUUUCCCACGGAAAGUGGCGAUCGAGUCGCUGUACCAGUACCAAUGUACGAUGAAACUUUCGUCGAUAACGAAAAACCACUAAAGCCUAUUGGUAAUCUUUACCCACUCGGCUCUGAACUAAAAGAAAUCGCAGACGUUAUGUCACGGGAAAUAGUGCAACAAAAUUUGAAUGUUCAUUGGGACGAUGUAAAGGGAUUGGAAGAUUGCAAAAUGUUGUUGAAAGAAGCUAUACUUUAUCCCAUGAAAUAUCCAAGCUUGUUCAGUGGAAAACUCAGUUCUUGUAAAGGCGUAUUAUUAUAUGGUCCACCGGGAACCGGUAAGACGAUGCUUGCAAAAGCAGUCGCUACCGAAUGUCAAUCGACGUUUUUUAACAUCACUUCCAGCUCGGUAAUCAGCAAAUGGAGAGGUGAUUCGGAAAAAUAUAUUCGCGUGCUCACCGAUCUUGCUAAACAUUACGCCCCAACAAUAAUUUUUAUUGAUGAAAUCGAUUGGACAACAACAAAAAAUAUAGAUGACACCUCGUCAAGUUCGGAACCUGUCAGAAGAUUUCGAGCAGAAUUUCUCGCCAGACUGGAUGGUUUAUUGUCAAUGGAAUACACAAAUGUAAUAUUGUUAGCAGCUACAAAUGUCCCAUGGAAUAUAGACAUAGCCUUGCUACGACGGUUAGAAAAACGGAUUUUUGUGGAUCUACCCGACGAAGCUAGUCGAUUGGAAAUAUUGCAAUCUUACGUGCGCGAUGAUCUGUACAAUUCGCCGGAGAUACUCAAACUCGUGCAAGAAACCGCAGGAUACUCUUGCGCGGAUUUAAAAUUGCUGUGCAAAGAGGCGUGGAUCAACCAAUUGCGACCCAUUUGGGCGAAUCUCGAAGCUAAAGCAAUCUCUGUAAACGAUAUUCAAAACGAUGGUCUGAUCAGUGAAAUUAAUCACAUUGCGCUUGCUAAACUUAGGAUAAAACCCAUCGCCAAACACAUGAGCGCGAAGUAUAAGGAAUGGCAUAAGGAAUUUGGUUUCUCAAAAUAAAUAAAAUAAAUAAUAGGAAUAGCUUAAGAGUUUCCUUUCCGCAUACAGAAUUGCAACAGGAAACAAAUAUAUUCACGAAUAGAUCAAUUUUUUGCAAAAUAAGUGAUGUUUCAUGAGUACGUUUAAAAUACUUGUAAAAUUUAUAUUUGAUUAUACAUUUUAAUACUAAUCAUUUUAAUGAAAUUAGAUCUUUAGUUAAUAAAAAUGUAACAAAAUAUAUACAUAUACAUAGUGACCAGGCAGAAAAUCUGCCACGUUAUAACAUAUAUAUUUGAAAUAUAUAUUAAAAUGUAUAAAGAAAUUAACAUAAAUUUUACGAAGAGAAUUUGUACAUACAAAUAUAUACAUAUAAACACACCCACACAUACAUACAUAAA